AUGUCAACAUUAGAUUCAAUCGUGAAAGAUUACGACAAGAACAUCGUGUUGAGAGACUGUCAGAGACAAGCUUUCGAGUAUUUACGCGACAAGAAAGGCGAUCUGUUGGUAAGUUUGCCUGUCGGUUACGGCAAAAGCCUAAUAUAUCACCUACUUCCACAAGUUCUUGGUGAAGGCAAGGAGACUCCCGUUUGUUUGACAAUUUCACCAUUGAAUAUUAUUCAAAAGGAUCAAAUUCAUAUAUUGAAAAUUCAUGGAAUCAGUGCCUGUAGACUUGAUAUUGCGUCCAAGGUGGAAGACACUACAGAUGAAGAUUUAGUAGCAGAGUGUGACGUCGAUGUGGAAAGAGUGAAGAAAGGGGACUUUUCAAUUGUUAUGUGUCAUCCAGAGGCCCUCUUUAAUACAAAAACGGGACACGAACUACUGUCGGAUGAGCAAUUUUCCUCAAGAGUGGUAGCCGUUGUUGUUGAUGAAUGCCAUAUUAUAGAGAAAUGGUAAGUAGAAGAUGUUUGGACCAAAUUAGAAUAAAACCACCCAACCAACUAGUUCAUUUCUCAAACACAUCCUUUAUCAUUAAUUCAGAAGCUUGCCUUUGUUCAAAGUGACGGUGUGCGGUUUUUCAUCUGAUUGUAUGCACUAAAAUGACAUCACACCCUGUGAUGACUUUCACAACACAUUCUGUAUCAUUGUGUGUACUAUAAUUAUUCCCUUAUCAGGUCCAGCAUAAUCUCUUUAUUUGGUUAUGUAGCUUAUUAUUUUUAUUUAAACAAUAUUUUAUUCAGAAAUCAGUGAAUGGGAUCAGGCAGCAAACAGUCUAUUUUAGCCCUCUCCCUAAAUAAUUCUUAAUAAAGCUAUUGUGCUGGAUCUGCUCAUGUAUCCUCAUUGUCGUUAUAAAAUAUAAAUCAAUAAUUUUAUUUUCUUCUUGGCAAUUGUUAUAUAUAGGUACAAUGGUAUUGACAUGUACACUUCAUUAUUCAGUAUCAUGUACAUCUGUACCUUAGAUAAAGAAAAUGUUCUAAUCCUGGCAACAAAGAGUUGGAUGGCAUCCAAUGACACCCCUGCUUUAGGCAGAUAAUACUACAUUUAGUGUACAUCUUGCAUGUGCAUUGUAUGUAGAGGGACCAGGGAGCAUGAACACACUGAACUUUAAUACUUUUGUUUCAGAAGCACAUACAAUAAGUUUAACGCUUUAGUCAUGUAAAUUGUAAGAUAAAAAGAAACGGGAGUAGUAUAAGCCCUCCCGAUAGGGAGUUCAACUGAGUGCACUUUUUAUGCAAAUGAGGUCAAGCAAGGGCGGCUUUUGAUUGGUCAAGCGGUGUCGGGGGUCGAUGAGUGGUUCAAUAUCUAGGACGGGGUCAACUUGCGGACCCCAGCAGGGGUUGUAGGUCGGGUUAAUAGGCUGGGCUAUUGCCGCUGGUGUAAUUUUAGCUCUAUUAUGCGCUACUUUCGCUUUGAGUUCCUGGAAAAGGGUGAGUUCCUGGAGCUAUUUUCUGAAAAUCGGUAUGAAAUCCUGUGUAUUUCUAUGUAUUCCUGUGUAUUAAAUCUAAAGAAUAACACAAGGUUUUAAGUUGACAUGUUUAUUAAAGAACAAUGGUACAAGCAUAGAACAAUGCAAAACAGUUCAAUAAGCAUAAAAACAGUUCAAUAAGCAUAACAGUUCAAGCACAGUCCAUUACUUUCUGCUGAGUUUCUUCUUCUUCUUUUUUGGCGGUUCUUCAGUAGGUGCGGGCGGAUUCCACAUCUCUAACGGUUUGUAUUCUCUCUUCACAGGGGGUUUUGAGCCAGGUACGGGCCCAAUCAUCGCAUCUAUCUCCAGUUGUUCUUCUGGACACUCACUAAUCCAGUGUCCUAUUUUUCCGCAUUUGUAGCAAGGAUCCUUUUGUUUGGUUUUCUUGCUGGUCUGUUGAGAAUCUGCUGACCUCGAUUUCUUACUGGUCUGCGGAUAAUCUGUUUUCUGUGGGCAAUCCGGCGACCAAUGUCCUGUUUCUCCACACGUGUAGCACGGGUUAGCAGCGUAAUCUGGAGUGUAUUCCUUCCUAGGUUUUUUAGAAGUCAGCUCUUCCAGCUUCUUCAGUAGGACUGUGGUAUGAUUUCCAAUCUCAUUACUCAGCACAUUAAUGCGGUUAACGAUCCCGUCUAGUGUCGUGGUAAUGAUCGCAAAGUCUUCUUUGUUCAUGGUCGGAGGGUCAUUCUGAGCGUUGUAGAGGCCCAGUUCCAGUCCCGUAGCGUCCUGUGAAUCGGGAAAAUAGAAGCCUAAUCCCGGGUCUGUCGGAUUCUGGCUAGGGAGGUAAUCCGAGGUCUGGGCCAUCUUCUCUUGUCGAGCAAUGUAGUCUGAAGGCGUGAGAUUGAAGCUCGUGGUCUGGUUCGAGGUCUGGGGCAUCUUCUCUUGUCGAGCAAUGUAGUCUGGAGACUUGAGCAAGAAGUUCGAGGUCUUCCCCAGUUCAGUCUUCUGAUCGUCACUCUUAGCUUUCUUCAGUUCAAUGUAGUCUUUCUGUGGUCCCAUCUGCUUCUGUACCAGCUGAUCUAUUUUCUUCUGAGCUUUGUCCACAAAUUCUACUUGUUUCUGAGCCAUGUCUUCUGGAAGGUGAUUGAAGAUCGAAUGAGGACUGACACUGGGGCUCCGCUUUUAUAGCCAGCAAAAUGUCUAGACUAUUCUGUCUCGUGGGGAGCACGUGGUUGCACCAUCUUUUUCUGGAAAAACCGGUUUCAUUUAGAACAUCGCGCGACCAGCGCGUGCUAGUGCACUAAUUGAACUUGAAAAGCCGGUUUCUCGCGACCAGCGCGUGCUAGUGCACAUUGGUACACAUUGACUUUAGUGGAAUGGAACUUAUAUUGGUGUUUAAAGUAGGCCUAAAAAGGGCUGUGCAUGAAGUUUUUAUUUUUAAAAAUGGCCGGCUUCAUACGCAGGUUCUUCUAUAUACACGUGUAAGUCAUGAUCUUCGGAUAUAAUGUGCUGUACUAAUUGUCGAGCUCUUCUCCCGGGGAAACGUAUCUCUUCGACGGUUUCCCACAUCCAGUCUGCAUCCCAAAACAAUACCCAUACACUUCUCCGGUGACGUGGUUUCUCCAGUCGAAUAAAUCCCGAUACUUUUUGAGUGCCGUUCAAUAACGUGUAAAA